AUGUAUAGACUCAAAAUUAAAUAUUUUAAUGGCGAGUUUCUUUAUAAUGAUCAAGAUCCAAUCAAAAAUAUUGACGAUCUUAAACUUUUUAUAAAAAAAAAAUUAUUUAUUUCAGAGGAGCAUCAAAUCAUUCAAUGCGAACAAUCUUUAUUGGAUAGUUUUUUUAAAGGUUUAAUAUGUUCAAUUUAUUUUGAAUUAUAUACAAAUUUUAUUUUUACAAAGUUUAUAGGGUAUAAUGGUACAUGUAAUUUAGAAAGUUUUUUCAGUAAUGAAUUCAAUAAAAGUUCUUCAGAAUUGGGUUUUAUGAAGUUUGCUUUGAACGUUAACAAACAUGAGGAUAGGUCUUGGUUGUCUGAUUGGCAUGUCACAUACCAUGGUACAUCACUCUCGAAUGCAAUUUCAAUUAUUCAACAAGGUUAUCUACUUAGUAAAUGUAUAAUUCCAGGAAUAUACUCUUCAAAUAAACUCCAAACAGCAUUGGGAUAUUGUAAGAAGGACCCAUCUCAAACUCAAUAUUCUGUUAUAUUAAAGAAUAGAGUUGAUCCACGAUAUUUCAAGGGAUCUGAAGUUUAUGUAGCUGAUAAUGAAAGUUUAAUUAGACCUUAUGCAAUUUUAAUCAAAAAAAAUUAA